GAAGAGUUAUAUGCAAAUCCUCAUUCUGUAGAUAUUGAAUCAGAAGAUUUCAACAAGCUGCCUCCAGAGAUAAAACAUGAGAUCUUGACUGAUGUGAAAGAAUUCACAAAGCGAAAAAGAACAUUAUUUGAAGCAAUGCCAGAGGAGGCCAAUGACUUUUCCCAGUACCAGCUUAGGGGUUUGCUUAAGAAAAGCAACCUCAAUCGGUGCAUAGAAAACGUACAAAAAGAAUUGAGUCAACAGCACUCGGGUGAAAUCCAAACACAAUAUGAAAAUGAAGGUGGUUUUGUGAAAGAAGUGGAAUCUAGGAGGGUAGUCUCUGAAGAUACUUCUCACUAUAUCCUGAUAAAGGGUAUUCAAGCAAAAGAAGCUACAAGUAGAGACUUGGAAACUACUGCAGGACCCUCAUCAAAAAUACUUGAAUUUACUAAAUCGAAUAAAAUCAAUGAAUCUCCUGCUAAUGCAAAGCUAGUUGCAUCUGACAAGUUGCAGACAGAGAAAGAUAACAAUGUGGUGACAGCACCACCCUCUCCUCGGACUUUGCUUGCUAUCCAGGCAGCUAUGGUAGAAAGCAACUCAGAAGAAGAACUGGGGGAUGAAGAUACAGGACGACUGAACAUGAACCAGUCUGUAGCAGAGGAAGGCAGUGUGUCUCCAAGAACGCUACAGGCAAUUCAGCAAGCUCUGAGUGAUGAUAAUAAAAGUGAGGAAGCUGCUACUGUUAGAACCGAUGGAGUGCUACCAGAAAGAUCAGCAGUGAAGGAUUUUCUGCUUAGUAGCUCAGAUGAGGAAGAUCAGAUUCCUGAAGUUAGUGAGGGAAAAAAAAUACCUACAUUGACAAUUAAGUCAUCAAAACAAUUGAUUAUGCAAGACACUGAAUUUGAACAAAAGAACCAGGAAUUGGAAAAAAAUCAUAUUACACCCAAGGACACCAGUAUAUCCAGAGCUGAAAACUAUUCUUGUAUUGACAAUAAUAGAAAAGGCAAAGAAGAUCUAGGCAAAGAAGAAACUGGUUCCAAAAUGGACUUAAAUUCUUUGGGAGAUAAGGAUUUAAACUCGUGCACACAGAAGCCAAGCUGUUCCCCCAUGCAAAGUAGCAUAGGGGCUUUGAUUCAUGCUGAAACAACAGACCUUUCUAAAAAUGAGGAAAACUUGAAAAUUUCUGAAAAUACAGAGGAAGUAAUUUUGCAAACAGAAGAGAAUGUGUCUGAGGGACAAAAGGAUAUUAGACUUUUUCCAGAAACAGAAGGUCCUGAGGAGGAAAGAGAAGGGAUAUCACAGUCUGAAGACAGUGAUUCUGAUGGAAGCUUUAUCGAAGUGGAUACUGAAAUCAGUAAUGAUGCUGAGUUUUCUACAAAAUAUGAUGAAAGGCUGGGUGAUGAAACAGCACUUCCAGAAGUGGAGGUGGACAGACAUGAUACUGUCACACAGGACUUGCUGAAGGAGUCUGAUGAAUUGCAGUUGGCAAACAAUCAGAAUGUUGAAAGAGAAGAUGAUGGUAAAGACGCAGAGAAUGAGUGGCAAGACAUCAGUUUGGAAGAACUGGAAGAAUUAGAAAAGGACCUUUCUGCUGAGCAGAAUGUGCUUCAGGCUCAAAAACAGCAGCAGGAACGCAUUGCUGCUUCUGUAACAGGACAGAUGUUCUUUGAAAGCCAGGAGCUUCUCCGUCUGUUUGGCAUUCCGUAUAUCGAAGCUCCGAUGGAGGCGGAGGCACAGUGUGCCCUGUUGGACCUCACUGAUCAGACUUCUGGGACAAUCACUGACGACAGCGAUGUUUGGUUGUUUGGCGCACGACAUGUUUAUAAAAAUUUCUUCAGUCAAAACAAAUAUGUGGAAUAUUAUCAGUGUGUUGAUUUUCAGAACCAGCUAGGGUUGGAUCGAAACAAGCUAAUUAAUUUGGCAUACUUGCUUGGCAGUGACUACACUGAGGGCAUCCCAAAUGUUGGCUUUGUAACAGCGAUGGAGAUUUUGAAUGAAUUUCCUGGGCAUGGAUUGGAACCUCUCUUAAAAUUUGCUGAGUGGUGGAAUGAGGCUCAGAAGAAUAAGAAAUUGAGACCUAACCCACACGAUACCAAGGUCAAGAAGAAGCUCCGGGAGCUGCAGCUUUCUGCAGGUUUCCCAAAUCCAGCAGUGGCAGAAGCAUACCUGAAGCCUGUGGUGGAUGAGACAAGGGGUUCGUUCACCUGGGGGAAGCCUGAUGUAGAGCAGAUCAGAGAAUUCUGUCAGAAUCACUUUGGCUGGUCUAGGACAAAGAUAGAUGAAAUUCUUUUGCCUGUGAUAAAACAGCUGAACUUGCAGCAGACUCAGCUUCGAAUUGAUUCAUUCUUCAGACUUGCACAGCAUGAAAAACUAGCUAUUAAAAGUCAGAGACUGCGCAGAGCUGUGGCUUCUCUGAAGAGAAAGGAAAAAGAAGCAGCUGAUGAAAUUCAGGAGGCAGCUGGUGUUAUGGAGAGGGAAUGUAAACAGCAUGAGGAAGGGAAAGGGGAAGGUACUGCAGGCUGUGGAAAUCAUCAUGCUAUGGCAACAAAAACCCAAGGUGGAAAGAGAAGAAAACAUUCAGAUUCCAGAAAAGAACAUUUAUAUGGAGGUGGUUUUAUUGGGAAUUUGCAUCUUUCAGAAACUUCUAGUGACUCCUCAGUAGAAGAAUUGGAAAGCAGAGAUUUAGGCAGGAGCAAAAAGAGGAAAAAUGUCUCUGCACUGGAGACAGCAGACCAUAAAGAGAGAAAGGGGUGCAGUAGCUCAAGUGGUGAGGAUGAAGAACUGGAAGGUGUAGUCAUGGUGACUGCCAAACCUGUGUUUGAGGGCAGAAAAAGGAAAUCACAGAAUAAGAAAGGAAUAAAAAAGAAAAAGUCUUAA